AUGGCUCGAGCUGCAGGAUCCCGCGCCGCAAGCGCCAAGCCUGCGGAGUCGAAAGACAGUAACGAGGUCAAAGUCAAUGGCACCGGUACGUCACAGCUAUCCAAAGCUGUCCAGCCAAAGCUAAAGCGAGCGCCAGCUGCACGACGAGGCGCAAAGAAGGCCGAAGACGCGUCUGCGACCAACGGCAUCUCAGAAGAGCCUGAGCAGACGGAAGAGGCUGAAGAGCAGCCCAAGAAGAGUAGAGUCAACGCGUCCGAAGAAUUGUCAUGCGAUACUAAGACAACAACAGUCACUGCACGAGGAGGCCGCGCAAAGAAGGCAGACGCACCCGCCUCCGCCCCCGCUGCGCCAGCCAAAGCGACCAAGCGCAAGAAGGAUGAAGAGAGCGAGGCAGAGUCUGAGGAAGAACAAGUCGAAGAGAAGGCGCCGGCAGUGAAGAAGGCCAAGGUCGAGCAACCGAAGGCUGCGCCAAAGGCUCCAAAGGCCACCAAAGUCGCACAGGAGCCUGCGAAACCAUUGCCCAAGGGACCGCGACGCACAAAGAAGGGCAAGACAGAAAUCAAUGCGAUUCGCUAUACAGAACCACUCAAGGUCUUUGUCUUCGGCGAGGGCAGUUCUGGGGAGCUUGGCCUCGGCGCAACCAAAAAGGCCAUUGACGUCAAGCGCCCACGUUACAAUGAGCCUCUCUCCAACCUGAACGUCGUCAGGGUCGCCGCAGGUGGUAUGCACGUGGUUGCGCUGACCAAGGAUAAUAAGAUCUUGACAUGGGGCGUCAACGACAACGGCGCAUUAGGACGCGACACGUCUAAUGCCGAUGUCAAGAUGCGCGAUCUCGACGCUGACGACUCCGAUUCAGACUCUGAGGAUGAAUCUGGUGGUUUGAACGAUCUUGAAUCAACCCCUACAGCCGUGUCGGACGAGCACUUCCCAGAAGACACAGUUUUUGUGGAUAUUGCUGCUGGAGACAGCUGUUCCUUUGCACUGACGACAGAGGGUGCAGUCUACGGUUGGGGAACGUUCCGCAAAAAUGAAGGUAUUCUUGGUUUCGAGCGCGGCAACCACACUGCCAGGUUCCCAGUGUACAUUGAGAGUAUGAAGAAGGUCACCCAAAUUGCUUGCGGUACCAACCACGUCUACGCACUGGACAAAGAUCAACGCGUCUAUGCCUGGGGCUCUCCCACCGAACCGCAUUGGUUCCUCGAUGCCACUGUCAAGCGCCACAGCCAGAAGAUUGUUUCCAUCGCAUCAGGUGAUUACCAUGGUCUUGCCAUUGCAGAAGAUGGACACAUCUGGGCAUGGGGAGCCAACAAUUAUUGCGAGACAGGCUUUCCCGAUAACGCUGGCGCGGAUGAUGCCAGUCUUCUCACACCACGCAUCAUCCAUAGCCUAGAGGGCAAGGACGUCGCAUCUCUCGCCGGUGGCGCGCAUCACAACAUCGCCAUCACCAAGGACGGCCAAGUGCUCGUAUGGGGUCGUUGUGAUGGUUCACAAACCGGCAUUCCUGCCGACGUGCUCGCUGCUGAGGAGGAUCCCGAUAAGGUUCUCAAGAAUAAUGGCAAGCCCAAGAUCUUGGUUGAGCCUACGCCGAUCCCUAACCUCAAGGACAUUGUUGCUGGCUCAUGUGGGCCUGACCACACCAUUGUCAUUGACAAGAACGGCAAGGCCUAUGCAUGGGGAUUCUCUGCAAAUUAUCAAACCGGCCUGGGCACGGAUGACGAUGUCGAUGUUCCCACCUUGAUCGACAACACUGCCACACGGGACGAGAAGCUCACCUGGGUGGGCUGCGGUGGUCAAUACAGUAUCCUCGCUAGCAAAAAGUAG